GCUAAAGCUGUCGCAAGACGAAAGUUGGAAAAACUAAAAUCUAUUUCCCUUCGUGAUAUCACUACUAAUUUUAUCUUAGCAAAUCAAGAAGGAAGCAAACAAUUGAAGGAAAUCAACAAACACACAAGACAGAAUCAUCACAUUAUGGAAGUAGAUUCUACAGGCGAUAGCACCGGAGUUGUCGGGGAAACCCGCAUCGCCGUACAUCCUGUAAGUCAAAACUAAAAGAUAACAGUUCGGUACCAACAUCGCAACAGCGGUAUUUGAAUUCUGAUUGCAAUUUUCGUCUUUCUUCUUCCAACGGCGCCGCCAAAUGAAAAUUCCAUUAACGGUCAAUGAUCCACAAUAAAUAUUGUGGCAAACGAAUCAAUCCACGCUUUCCUUUUCUGCUUUUGACAUAACAUCGCGAAAUUUAAGCUUGCCAUUGUUCACAUGUCCGACCAAUACACACGAAUAACCAGUGGCGGCUCUCCUAUGGACAAAACCGAUCCCGUUGUAGGUUUGCUUUUUGGACUUUCCGAAGACCAAACAACCGCAACUACUGGCAACUUGAACAAUAGCAACGUUCACGAAGGACCGCUCAUUCAGGUACUGGAUGCCGACGAUAUCCCUGUCGAAGUCUCGGAGACCUCAACGAUGCAAGUUGACUUGCACAAGGCCGUCUUUCCAAAACACAAGGUAGUUGGCUGGUAUCGUGCCGUCGCCUCACAUUCCGAUGACGAGGAGAUUGAGCCAACGUCGGAAGACUUGGGCAUUACCAAGCUGUUGAAGAAUCAUUACACGUCGUCGGAUUUGGAGUCCUUUUGCUUCUGUUUGCUCAAGGUACAAAAGGAAAACAAAGGAGAUUGCCAAGAACCCGGCGACGAUGCGGCAAUGAAAACAGAAGAUGCUACAACAGACACUCUGAACAAGGAACUCCCCAUCAAUCUUUACGAACUUCAAAAGUUUAACAACAACACUGUCUUGGUGGGACUCUCGAAUUGGCAGCUGGAUACCUCGCCGGCAGAACGGAUCGCCGUCGAACGUGUCAUGAAGGACCAACCACUUGAUGGAUUGGAAAGUGAGAGUAGCCAAAGUCCCUCCCAAAACCCGUUUAUUCUCGAAACCAAAGCGAUUGGGCACUCGUUAACCAGUAUGAAUGACCGAGUUGAGUUUCUUGUGGCAUAUCUCAAAGACAUACAGGAAGGGAAAACCCCAGUGGACCACGGAAUUUUACGUCAGAUACAACAAAUUGUCGGUUGCUUGGGUCCACUUUCGACGUUGGCGACUUGCACUAAUGAAGGAGAAGAAAAGGACCUACAGCUGUUAACCCAUUUGGCAAUUGUGGCCCGAACCGUCAACUCGAUGCAAUCCUAUACCGAAAAGUUCCGUGUCAUGAACGAACACAAGACGGCCUCAUUUGAACGACAACAAGCCUCCACCUUUCCGUCAUGGAAUUUCUAAGAGAAUGCAAUACAAAAAUAUUAGUGAU